UUGCGCCAACGGCAAUGCUUACAAAUAAUAGCACUGGUGUAUUCCAACUGUCUAUUAUCGGCUCCCGCAUCAUCAGAAUAACGGUUCUGCGAUGGGUAUACAAACCCGUUCCUUCUCUGCUUACUCGAUCGAAGAGCAUUCAUCUAGCUCUCUGCUUUUAGUAUCAACCUAUAACCAACCCUAAGAUAUUUACUUGUCUACAAACAUGUCUGGAAUCAGAAAAGUCGUUUUAGCAGGAGUAAGAAAUCGCCUGAUGCUCUUGUUUCAAUAAGCUAAUUCUAACAAUUGCAUAGGCUUCAGGCAAUCUUGGUCCAGCAAUUCUCGACCAACUUGUCAAAGCAGGCUUCGAAGUCACAGUCCUUACUCGACAAUCGAGCACUCACGAGUUCCCCUCACCUGUUACAGUCAAGCCUGUCGACUACGAAUCUCUUGAAUCACUCACCAGCGCUCUUACCGGACAGGAUGCUGUGGUAUCUACUCUCGGCUCCAAUGUUCUUGAUAAACAGCUUCUCCUCGUUGAAGCAGCAGCUAAAGCUCACAUUAAGCGCUUUAUCCCGUCUGAGUUUGGUUCCAACACACCAAGAGAAAAUACCGGAGCUUUGCCAGUUUUUCAGUCGAAAGUUGCUGUUCAAAAUGCCCUCAAGAAACAUUUUUCAAGUGGAAUGUCAUACACCCUUGUGGUUAACGGCCCAUUUUUUGACUGGGGUAUCAUGGUCGGAUUCAUAAUGAGCGCAAAAGGAAAAAAGAUCACCCUUUACGAUGGUGGUGAUCGGACUUUUAGCACUACCACCCUUCCCGAUAUUGGAAAAGCCGUAGUCGGUGUACUCGAGCAUCCAGAAGAGACGAGGAACCGUGCCGUCUAUGUACAAAGUUACGCAACGACACUCAAGAAUCUCGCUGUGAUUGGGAAGAAGGUUUUAGGAUCGGAUGGUUGGACUGAGAAUGUUGCAUCUGUUGAUGACAUCGUGGCUGGUGCAUGGGAAGAGUUGAAGAAACCACAGCCAAACCCGGUCAAAUUUGCUAUUCAAUUCAUCAUUGCUUCAAUAUGGGGUGAGGGAUACGGUUCACACUUCGAGGCGUAUCACAAGCUGGACAACGACCUCUUGGGAAUCAAACAAAUGACUGAGCGAGAACUGGAGGAAUUGAUUAAGAGUUUGGCAGGAAUGGAUUAGACGUUCAAGGCUUCUAUUUGUUAAAUAUCUGGGGAUAGUAGAGCUCACAAAUUAUUGCUACUUUUUGGUCUAUGUGACACUAAUUAAUGAUCCGCAUAUGACUACAAUGACACUUGCUCCGUUUCUGUCAAUAUC